AAGUUGAGCUUCCGGUUUCCCAUGAUGACUCCAUCUCUUGGAAUGUCCGUUUAACAUAUACAUUGUGUAACAUUAUAUUUAUAAGAAGUGUGGAUUAGAGAAUUAUGAACUAUAUUAAAGGAUGGACGCUUCAACAAUGGGUCUGGGUCUUUUUGCUGUGCUUUGCAACAUUAAUCCAAAACUCUGACUGUAGGUCAAACUGCAGCACUCCUUUAAACAUCCGGGACAAGUGGUACUUCCGGGAUGAACCUGGCUCUGUGUUGAGGGUCCGGAAGAAAAGUCUGGUUUUCAAACAAGCCGGAAAGAAGACGAUACGCUAUAAAUGUCUAGAGGCUAAAGGCCAAACCUUCAUGCUUAGAACUCGAGUUAAUGAAGAAAACGCCCAGGGAAUAUUGUGUAUAGGAUUUGUUUCGGUUGAUGUACCCAAAGCUGAUUUUAGUGUAUGGAGACUGUCACAGGAAGCCGCAGGUCACCCUUUGAUGGCCCCUGUUUCGGUACCAGCUAUGGUGACUCCAAGUAUCAACAGUAUGUGCAAUGGGGUCCAGUCACAAAUACAGUACUAUGUACAUAGGGCAAAAAAGACGUGUCGGUUCCCGCCAACUCUCCGACUCAUGUGGCAGACGACAAUACAGGGAGCAUGGCGGCUAUCAUUUACAAAAUACGACAUGUACUUCAUCACAAUGAAUAGAACCACACUCCACUUCAGCUGCGACACAAGAGACAAAGACAACUUUAUUUUAAGGGCCACUAAUAUACAGAAAGGAAUAGACGGGGUUCUCUGUCUUCGUAUUCUUCCGCUGUCCGGGGAUCCUUACUACAGAUUCAAAAUUUCCAGAACGAAUUCUGGAAGGGAUGACUCAGUUUUUGACAUGAUUAAAAGGGUUCCGCAUGGUCAACGAUUUCGUCUGUACAAAGAUUGUAACUUGAUCGAGAGCCCUGCACGACCACAAUUCCUAUAUCCAUAAAUUGUUCAGAAGGACAAGAGCAAAAACGUUGACACAACUGGGUUUUUUUAGCCAACAAAAAUCUUAUGAUAGAAACUCGAAGAACUCAAGAAGGCAGAAAUGGUCCUUUUUAUUUCAGGGUAAAUUGUCGGACAAUGGAUAUUAAAUUAAUAUUGUAAUGCUACUAAUACAAGUAUACUUUGUAGGUAGAGGAAGAAACGGGAAUAUAUAUUUUUAGAAUAAAGACUUUCUCACAGUUCAAAA